AUGGAAGAAUGUACAUUUCCAUGGCUUUAUUCAACAGGUCAAGGUGGCGAACUUGACAUGAAAAGACCCAUUCCAUUAAAGCUUCGUGAUUAUUAUAAAUUACGAUUAAUGUCUGUUGACAAAAGAUGGCAAUCCGAUUCCAUUUGGGUAUUCCGCGCUAUGAAUUUAAUACAGCGAGACGAUUUAUGUACGGUUGUCAAUUAUCAUGCCAAACAACAAUUUAAAAACGAACGUUUAUGUUAUAAUAUAUAUCCAUCAAUAGGAAGAGCAAUACGAGGUACAGCUGCAUUCUGGUCGACACCUAGAAAAAUGCUACGUGCAAUGUAUGCAACCUUAUCAAAGCCUAAUAUCUUUUUAAAUAUCAAUUUGCAAGGUGAUGUCGAAUUUUUAACGCAUAUUGAUCGUGUUCGUUUCGGUCAUGUCGAAAAUCCAAAAUAUGAUGCCAUUGAUAGUCUUUCGAAUGACGAUUAUUUACAAUUAGUUAAUGAGAAUAGUGCAUUUGUAGCACGUAUGUGUCAUCGGCGAACGUUGGCAUUUGAAAAAUUUGUUAGCGAUAAAAAUCAUCCAUUUUGCAUUGAUUCUAUUGUAACAAAUUACUUUUUCAAAAUUGAAUUUCAACGAGGUGGUCUGCCGCAUUUACAUACUCUACUCUGGCUCGAAAAUUUUCCAUCCGUUGACACACCCGACGGACGUCAAAGCAUUGUUGAAUUUAUUGAUAAAUUUCUUAGUACAGCUUUACCAGAUAAAGAAACAGAUCCUGAACGCCAUGUACUUAAUAUAAAAGUUCGUAUUCAUCGUGGACGAAAAUUUAAAGAUGAACAAGAAGCAAAAUCAACCGAAGGAAAUCAACUCAAAGAUAUGAAUAAAAAUUAUUUACACGAAAAUGAAGUAUACGAACAAGUUGAUCCAAACAAAGAUCCAGGUCUUCUACAAUUAUUGAAAGAUAAAAAUGAAUUUUUUGAACGAUUAGCUUGUCGUUUUGGAAGUCCUUGUGAAUUAGCUACGGGAACUCAUUUCCGUAGUUACAAAUAA